CUGUUUUCAGUUUAAUAUGUCUCCUAUAAUAGAAUGACAUAAUAUAUCCACUUAAUAGUAUUGUUUCUUUUACAGUUGUCAUGUCUGCCAAGUACAUUAUUUCUGCUAUAGUGGGAUCAUUUGCCGUGGCUUGGGCAUGCGACCACUACAUUGCUGACAAGAAGAUAUUUGGAGGGACUACCCCCCAUACUGUAUCAAACAAGGAGUGGUGGGAGGAAACUGACAAGAAGUUGCAGGCAUGGCCUCGUACUGCUGGCCCACCGGUCGUCAUGAAUCCCAUAAGCCGCCAGAAUUUCAUCGUCAAGAGCCACACUGAAGCUUGAAGCGUUCUACAUUUAUUAAAUGAUCUGGUUGAAUUGUUCACUCUUGAAUGAGACAUCUGAAACAACGUUUAUCCUGGAUUUUUUGUUUUGUUUUAAAGGUGGGAUAUAAAGUCGGGAAUGCAUAUUUCGGACGUAGUAGGGGCUUUUGUAACCGGUCUUUCCAUGUACUCUUUUGGUCAUGGCUUGGUAAGUGGAUACUAAUAAAUGCCAAAUUUGUCAUU